AUGCUUCCCGGCGACACCUUCCAAACUCCUUCCGCCGCCGCAAAACCCAAAGGGCCGAUCAUCAAACACUCAUUCAAACCCAUAGAAAUCUUUCUCUCCUCCCCUUCUUCACCCAUCUCUUCCACCACCCAUACUCCCUCAAAAUCGAACCAUCCUCGACAACAAGAAGAAGACCAAAAUCCCAAGAGCCCAUGCCAGAGUUCCUCCUCUUCAUCGCUUGCAGCAUUUGUUAUAGCCCACAAUGAACAUCUCGUAACUCAUAUUUUACUUCGUUUGCCCCCAAUAUCCCUUCUUCGCUUCCAGUCUGUUUCCAAACAAUGGCAAUCAAUCAUUUCCAACCCCACUUUCCGCCGUCUCCACUCGCGGGGUCGCCCCACUACCACUGCCUCCUGCUUCCCUCCCGGGGUGCUUUUGUUUCCGUUAGAACUUCCCCGUGUUUUUGGUUUCAUUGCGUUCCGCCAGGAGGAGGUAAAUUCAAUGGCCAACAUCGUUUCUCACUUGAAUACUUUCCUUUACGGGCCCCGCAACAUUUCAUGUUUACAUUCUUGCAAUGGUUUAUUAGCUAUAGUGUUUAAUUUCGAUAAUCGUCAAGAAUUUGCGGUUUAUAAUCCCACAACUCGGGAGUCUAAGCUUGUUCCAAUGAUUGAAACUCCACAUAACUAUAAAGAUCUGAAUAUUGUGUUUGAUCCUGAAAAGUCUGAUCACUACAAGCUUGUUUGCAUAUGGGUGGGUUCAUCUAAACAAUGGGUUCACAGAUUCUCUGUGUAUUCCUCUGAAAAUGGGGUUUGGAGGAAUACUGAAGAGACGGCUACUGACGAUUUAUGUUAUGAUAAGGGAAUGUUAUGGAAUGGUGAUCUUCAUUGGAUUAGUCCAUGGAAUUACAGUGCGUGCUUUGACGUCAGUAACGAGCGCCUUAGGCCACUUAGGUACACCAUAAGGACGCCCGAGUUCGAGGAACAUGGAGGUGAUUGGUAUUUUGGGGAGUCAGGGGGCCAUCUGUUUUAUAUUCGUCCAAACGAACCUUAUGGAAUGCUGCUUGAUUUUUUCGAGUUGGAGUUGGAGAGGGACUGUCUUCGUUGGAAUAUCAAGUAUCAUGUUGAUCUUACUCCUUUGACUACUCUGUAUCCACAGAUGAUAAAGGAGGAAUAUGAUCCCACGUUUGACGAGCCAUGUGCAUUCCAUAUAAUUGGUUUUCUUGUGGAUGACAAAGAGAAGAAAACAACGCUUGUGAUAUCACUUGCUGAUAAAAUCAUUUCUUGUGAUUUUAACAACUUGACUUUGAUGGAGCUUGCUGAUGUGGAGGUGGAUACAAAGAGAGAUGUCUACAGUUGGUAUUUGGCUUUCCCACAUGUCGAGACACUAGCUUGUCUUUAA